CUUCUCUUCCGGGGGCGGCUCUGGAGGCGUUCUUGGCCUGCUCCGUUGCCCCGGGUUCGCCGCGGUUUCCGGCUUUUCUUCCGUCGUUCUUCCUCGGCCCUUCAACGGCUUGGCGCGCGUGCGCCGUCUUCGCCUUGGUUUUUCUACGUAGCCUCGAGGGAUCUCCUUCUCGCAGGGAACCAGUUCCAGAUGCCCUGCCAUGGACGAUGACAGUCAGGAUGAACUCAUAAAGAACAACGCUUCAGUAGGCAAAGUCAAAAGAACAAAUGCACUGCUCUUCAGUGAUGCAGAAAGCAGUGAUGGCAACAGUGGUGACUCAGAUGAUACAGGAAGUGAUGAAGAAGAUGAUACUAGCAAAGAUGGAAGUGAAGAGGAUGAAGAAGGUGAAGAUGAAGAUUUAGAAGAUUCUGAUGAAGAGGAGGAGGAGGAAGAAGAAGAAAUAGAUAUGACUGCUGAGCAAUCAAGAUACUCUGUUAAAGCCAAGCCACAGUUUAAUGGAGAUAUGAUAUCUUCUUCUGAUGAAGAUGCUGAAAACUGCCCAAUAUGUCUCAACACAUUUAGGGAUCAGGCUGUUGGGACACCUGAAAAUUGUGGCCAUUAUUUUUGCUUGGACUGUAUUGUGGAGUGGUCUAAAAAUGCCAACUCUUGUCCAGUGGAUCGAAUUAUUUUUAACUCUAUCUGUGUUAGAGUGCACUUUGGUGGAGAAAUUUUGAAGAAGAACUUUCUAAGGACAUGCAUCUUUGAUCAGAUUCCAGUUGAAAACGCAAAAUCUCAAGAAGAUGAUGUGGAAGAUGAUCCAACCUUUUGUGAAGUGUGUGGCCGAAGUGACAGAGAAGAUCGCCUGUUGCUGUGUGAUGGCUGUGAUGCAGGCUAUCACAUGGAAUGCCUUAAUCCACCUCUGAGGGAGGUACCUGUGGAUGAAUGGUUCUGUCCACCAUGUGCUCCAGCAAAUGCUGGUCCUGCUGAUGCUGAAACAGACCACGUCAGCGAAGAGGAGGUUGCCUCCCUCAUAGCUGAUGUAGUCCCUACCACUAGCCGACUCCGUCCCAAUGUCCGAACACGAGCUAUAGCAAGAACACGUCAGAGUGAGCGUGUGCGGGCAACAGUGAACAGAAAUCGGAUAACAACUGCACAGCGAAUUCAGCACGUUCCAAGGUACCUCAUGUCAUCUCUUCUUGAUGAAACCAUUGAGGCAGUUGCAGCAGGGCUAAGCACGGCAGUGUACCAGAGGCCGUUGACUCCUCGGGCCCCGACUAAGAGGAAACGGAAAGGAGUGAAGAGAAAGAAAACAGCAGGUAAAAAAACUCAUACAAAAACAUCCACUGGAAAAAAGAGUGCUGGAACAUGGAUGAAGAGACGCAAGCGACGAAAACGACGACGGGUGAAAAAAGCAAAAGUGAAAACUGAAGUGACUGCUCGUUCCCGAAUUGCAAAAACCCUUCAUCUUGGCAAGCCUGUGCGUGGUGCUUCAAUCCCGUCUGUAUACAAACCAUUUGAACCCUCACUUGGCUUCAUGAGAGCUGACAUUGGAGCCGCCUCCCUCUCUGUCUUUGGAGAUCCUUUUGAAUUGGAUCCAUAUAACAGUAAUGAUGAGCUUCCUGUUGUGAACUCCCCUGUGAGCACAAAAAGAAGAGGGCUUUCUCAGUCAGCGCUGAGAUCCCAUCGCCCUGUUGCGCGACCAGUCGCUGUGGGGCUUCCUGGGAGGAGCAUGCCCGCCUUGUCACCUGAGCCAGAGUCUGAGUCACCACCUGUUCCUGACCUGGUGGGAAGCAUCCUGACUGGACAGAGCCUCCUUAUGAUGAGCGGUUCUGAUGUCAUCAUCAAUAGAGAUGGAUCCUUAACAGCAAAGAAAGCAAUUCCAGUGCUGCAUGACAGUUCAAGACAAGAAGAAGACUUGGAGGACAGUAUCCAGCCAGGAGCAUUACUUUUGGGGACUCCAGUUAGUAGCACUAGCACAGAAUCUUCAAGCCCAAGACUUGCCAUCUCAAAUGUAAACUCCUCAUUUCCAUCAUCACUGAGCAUAGUAAGCAAACCUAUGAAUUCAACACCAGCUACAUCUGGAAGAGCACCCAUUAGAUUCGAAUACUCAAUGACUCCGAGAUCUGUUCAGACUCAGAAUUUGGCAAAUCUGAAUAGAUGUGGCCCCAGGCUGGGUGAAGUUUCCAGAUUUAAUGGGGGCUCUAAGCAAGCCUCAGCCCCUCUUCUUGCAUCUUCUAAAUGCAUGCAGAACAACUCUAGCUCAGUCUCAAAAAUGGUGCCCCCCAGGCAGCCUCCAAAACCUUCUCCCAAAAGGCUUGAAAUAUCUGAACUUCCCAGGAUACCAAAGAUUAAAAAAGAAACCACAAGUGGACAACUUGGAUCACAGUCUGCUAAUGACCAAAGUGGUGACAUUCCCAGCUUCUGUAUAACACAGCUGACUGGCAAAGGGAACACAAACCAACCAGUUAGAGGGGUUAAGACAGAAGGUAGCAAGUCAAAUUCUUCUCAUCGGCAAGCACAGACAGCAGCUGGAGGCACUUCUGCACACUCAGUUUCCCAUAGUACUUCUUCUCCUUCAACAAGGGGGAAAGUUGGGAGCUCUUCCUUUGAGAGCUUUAAAAUCAACAUCCCUGGAAAUGUUGGGCAUUCCAGCAGACUAUCUAAUCCUGGAUUUUGCAAUACUUUCCGACCCGUUGAUAAUAAAGUGCAACAGAAAGAGAAUCCUUCACCUCUGUUUUCAUUGAAGAAAACCAAACCAAUAAAAAGUGAAAUAUAUGAUCCUUUUGAUCCAACAGGCUCUGAUUCAAGUUCAACAAAUAGCAGUCCCGAAAGGUUGCCCCUCACUAAUAUCACCAGAACAAUAUCCAUAACAAGUCCGAAAGUUCAGACGUUUCAAACUGUGCGCCGCAUUACACCAUACACUUUGGAAAACAUAUUUGGACCAGGGGCUGAAUCAUCUGAUGCACAGUUGACUAAUGUGGAGGCUCAAGAAGAGGUUAUGAUAAAGGAGAAAGUGGCAGAACAGAUUUUCAGUUCAGAACAAGAAAAGGUUGAGGAGGAGGAAUUGGCAAUUACACCUUGUACAUCAUCUGCCAUCAACCAGAUAGCUUAUAUAGAACACUUAGAUGAGGAUAAGGAUCUUCCUAAAAUCAAUUUUGAUGAAGAUGAAGUUAAACUAAGAGUGAAAGUGGAGCCAGAGAGUCCCAUGAGGGAAAAUAAGCAACAAAACAGAAAUGAGCAAGUGGUAGAGUGUCAUUUUUCAAGAUCUCCAUCAAAUUCCAGUUCUCGGAGCCAGAAAAAAAGCAAACAAAAAAGGGCAGGUAUAAAAGAGUACAAAAGCACCCCAUCUAGAUCUCGGUCAAGAUCAGGAUCAUGCUGCAAAGAGAGAAGCUCCAGAUCUAGUUCAUACUCGGUUGAAGACAAAUAUAGCAAAAGCCACCGGGUUAAAACCAGAACCCAAGAAUCAUCAAGUGACCGCUCCAACAAUUACGAGCAUUCAAAAAGAAAGAAAACUAAAGAGAAAACGAAAGAGAAAAAGGCAAAAAGUUCUUGGCCAAAAGAACACAAGAGAACUAGAUCCCGAUCUUGUAGUCCUGACAAUUUUGACUUAUAUGAAAGCAGGAAAAAGAAAAAGCACUCUGCUUCUAGAAUAAGGGGGCGACCGUACUCUCGAUCAAGUAGUGCCGAGAGAAGUAAAAAAAAGAAACAUAGACGAGAGAGAAGCUAUGACAGACAUGAGAAAGAGAGGAGCUCACGAUCACGAGAGAGAAAAAGAUCACGAUCUAGGUCUCGGGAGAAGCGGAAAAGGCGAUCACGGUCACCCUCUGAAUCACGAUCACGGGAGUCCAAAGGGACUAAAUCAAGGGAGAAACUACCACGGUCCAGGUCAUGUUCUAAGGAAAGGAGACAUAAGCCAAAAGAGAUGUCACCUGUAUCUCUGCAAGCGGAAGACCAGAAAUACUCAGUUGACAACCUAGACAGUCCUUAUGCUCAUCUUCCAUCUCACACACAAGAGCCAGAAGAUAAAGUGCAAGAGACCUUUAAUGUUGAUUUAGACCAGGGUCCUGUAUGGGAUCUUCUUCCAGAGGGUAACAUUAAAAAAGUAGAUCUGGAAGAGGACAUUCUAGUGGAGCAAAUCUGUGAGAAGUCUGUAAAUGAAAAAAUUCCUUCCCAGCCAGAAGCAGCAGGUUCUGGAGUGUUACCUGACUGUGUUGAUUCUUUGAUUGGGAGUGAAUUGAUAAUGGACUAUGAUUCACCAGGGCUUGAUAGUCAAAGUAGUGUGAAACUGGAAGAAAUGGAAAUUAAAGAGGAAGACAAUGAUGUGUGCCCAUUUUUAUCAGACUCUUUUGUUCUAAAGAAGGAGGAACUUACACCAACUCAUAGUGAGGCAACAGUACUUCCAACGUUUUCUGAAAUUAGAACAUUAACUGAGACUAAACAUGGAAGUCCUUUGCUGGAUGAGAAUGCAGCCGAUGUAAAUAAACCUGAACUGGAGGCUGCAGCUCAAGGUCCUGUUUUGAAAUCUAAAGCGCCAGUGAAAAGGGUUACAUGGAAUCUUCAAGAGGAAGAAAGUGGUUCAGUGACAAAUGACAAAACACCAAGAGUGCCAUUCUGUAAACAGCAGAGAAUGAAAGACGGGGUCUGGAAGGCAGAGGAUUUGACCCAAACAUUAAAUCAGGUUUACAACCAAAACCUGCCUUUGACACCGCCAUUGCCCUCCAGCCUGCCCCCAUAUGCACCUGUCAGUCAGCCCACUGUCCAGUUCAUAAUGCAGGGGAGUCUUCCUUUGCUCAGCUGCGUGGCAGGCCAGGGAUUAACUCCGGAGCCUGGUAACCUGGCUACGGCUUCAGAGCCACCAAUUCAGGCAGCUUCCACGGGAGAUACAGAAGAAAAAGUCAAAGCACCUAAAUCUCCAACCGAUAAAACUAAAAGCGAAGAGUACAUGAAGAAACUUCAUAUGCAAGAGAGAGCUGUGGAAGAAGUAAAGCUUGCAAUUAAGCCCUUUUACCAGAAGAGGGAGAUCACCAAAGAGGAAUACAAGGACAUUCUCCGGAAAGCAGUGCAAAAGAUCUGUCAUAGCAAAAGUGGUGAAAUCAACCCUGUGAAGGUGGCUAAUCUUGUGAAAGCUUAUGUCGAGAAGUACAAGCAUAUGAGGAAACACAAGAAGAUUGAAACUGAAGAAGAGCUGCAUGGAACUGGGAACUGAUAUGAGCCCCAAAGGGAAACAGGCGAAGGCUUGUCUUGACAAGGAAUUGUUCUUCCUCUGGAGAGAGGCAGGGGCAUGCAAUUGCAUGUUGCAGCCCCUCCACUCAGAAGCUGGAUGAAGGUCAGACCUUCCUGCAGGGGGAUCCUUUUUUGCAUAGGAGUUGGAUCUCCUCUUGAAUUUGACUGCUGUUUGAGAACCAAAUGUCUAUGUAACCCUCUUAACGCGGAGAAAUUCUGGACAGAGAAUCUGGGUGUGUGCUGGGAUGUGCUUUAUCAAUUGCCAUGAUUAUACUUUGAUCACACUUCUUUUUUUGGUCUGUCCAUCUGUCCUCAUAGUUUAAAGGAGAAACCCUUUUAUAUGCACUAUACAGCAAUGUGUGCUGCUCCCGUUGUGUUCGUAUUUAUCAGACGUACAGAUUCCUCAGAAGUCUUUCAGAAAAUGGUUUACUACUUGAACCAUGAUAAUUUUAAUCUGUUCUGUAAAAGAAGCAUUGACUCGAUCUGUUGUGAGAGUGGUAGGUGUGUGCUAACCUUUACUAAUUCUUUUUUGAAAUAUUGCUUCAGAGGUGGCAAUUAUUUACAUUUUGUUAAAGUAUCAAUUGUCUUGGAUCUUUGGGGGCAUGGUAAUAGGAGAACUAUACUGUGUUGCAUCUCCUGUGUAAAUAAUGCACUAAAGGGUGGUGUUAAAUUGGUUUUGCAUUCAAAAAAACUACCUUUUGCCAAGGAAAAGAAGAGCAGAAUUUGCAGACUGUCGGUAGCAACCCAGAAGAAAGUGACAGAAAUAUGUACAAAGCAGAAAUGUGACAAUUUAUAAAGUUAUUUUGAAUUGUU